CAACCGGGAGAAGAGAAUCCAGCAGCUCUUCCUUCUCGGAGGCCCACUGCCGGUUAAAUAGAACAAGCCUGCCCACGGGACCCUGCUCUCCCUCUGCCGUGCUCCCAUCAGCUCCUCUUCCCUCGGCUGCACGGCGGUUGGCCACCCCCUCCAGAGCAAACCCUUCCACCGUGACGCCCUUCCUGCAGGUUGAGGGGUGCCGGCCGUCCCCGGGACAGGGCUGGGCUCUCGGGGCGGGCGGCGCUCUCUCCAGCUCACCUUUGUUUCCUCGCCCCGGAGGAGCAGCGGAGCGUCCCUCCAGCCCCUCGCCCCCGCCUAGCGGAACAAAGAACCUGGCGCUACCCGUCCCGGCCCUCUGCUAGGCUCCCCCGACGCGGGGACCGGUCUGCGCCAGAAGCCCAGGACGCCCCAGGUUGCUGAAGAGCCAGGAGUCACCAUGACCGAGCGCUUUGACUGUCACCAUUGCGAAAAAUCCCUCUUUGGCAAGAAGUACAUCCUGAGGGAGGAGAGCCCCUACUGUGUGGCAUGCUUUGAGGCCCUCUAUGCCAGCACUUGCGAGGAGUGUGGGAAGCCCAUCGGCUGUGACUGCAAGGACUUGUCCUACAAGGACCGACACUGGCAUGAGGCCUGUUUCCACUGCUCGCGGUGCAAGAGCUCCCUGGUGGACAAGCCCUUCGCUGCCAAGGAGGACCAGCUGCUCUGCACGGACUGCUAUUCCCAUGAGUACUCCUCCAAGUGCCAGGAAUGCAAGAAGACCAUCAUGCCAGGUACCCGCAAGAUGGAGUACAAAGACAGCAGCUGGCACGAGACCUGCUUCACCUGCCACCGCUGCCAGCAGCCCAUCGGUACCAAGAGCUUCAUCCCUAAGGACAACCAGAACUUCUGUGUGCCCUGCUAUGAGAAACAGUACGCCUUGCAGUGUGUUCAGUGUAAAAAGCCCAUCACCACCGGGGGCGUCACGUACCGGGAGCAGCCCUGGCACCGGGAGUGCUUCGUGUGCACCGCCUGCAAGAAGCCGCUGUCGGGGCAGCGCUUCACAUCCCGGGAUGAGUUCGCCUACUGCCUGAGCUGCUUCUGCGACUUGUACGCCAAGAAGUGCGCCGGCUGCACCAACCCCAUCAGUGGACUUGGUGGCACAAAGUACAUCUCCUUUGAGGAACGGCAGUGGCAUAAUGAUUGUUUUAAUUGUAAGAAGUGCUCCCUCUCCCUGGUGGGGCGAGGCUUCCUCACAGAAAGGGAUGACAUCCUGUGCCCUGACUGUGGGAAAGACAUCUGAAGCCCACACAGCUGCUUGCAACACACAUGGAUUUAUACACUCUCGUUGUCAACCAGGCAGUAUUGUGUCUGGUCUCCACCGGCCACGUUGAGACUUUCUUCUUGUGCUUCUCAGUGAUACUCACGUUUGUUUAAACCCUUGAAUCCUUUGUACUAGUUCAAUCCCAGGGAAGGAGGAAACCCUUAUGUAAACCCUCAGUGGGAAGAUGGUUUUGAAUUUUUGUAAUCAAGCAAGGCAAAUCCAAGUGUAAAAAUCCCCUUUGAAUGACAUCUUUAUAAAUGUAUCUUUCUUUUGCUGCGUAUUUAAUUUUUAAGUGCAAUUAACAUGUCGCGAACUCGAGUUUUUUAAACUACAUGAGAUAAUGAAGAGUGGGCAUUUACAACUAUGUAACUUCCUGUCAUGUAAGACCUGGAGCAAGAUUAUAUAGCUUGCAAUAAAGUUAUCCAGAACAAAAUCCUUGGCCACACA